AUGAGUGACUCCACAGAAUCCAGAAUGCAGCAGCUGAGUUCUGUGGAUGAUGAAGAGUGGAUGGUCAGUGACAUCAGGUGUUCUAGUAAAAGUUCCAGACUACAACCAAAUUCUGGAAUCAAGAGUUUGGCAGGACGCCUAGGACGAGGUCAAAUCCCCUUGAUCUUGCUGCUGUUCUCCUUCCUGUUCCUGGCUGGGCUCCUGCUGAUCAUUCUUGUCCAAGUUUCCAAGACCCCAAACACCCAGGGACAGGAAGAAUCCAAAUGUGAAGAGAUCUACCAGGAACUGACCCAGAUGACUAACAAACUCUUGUCCAAGAUCCCCACCUUCCAGAGGCAGAAUGAGUCCAUGCAGGAGAUCUCUGCACAGCUGACAGAGUUGAAGACUGAACUACACUCCAGGAUCUCCACCUCCCAGGGGUGGAAUGAGUCCAUAAAGGAGAUCUCUGAACGAGUGACACAGCUGAAGACUGAACUCCUUUCCAGGAUCCCCAGCUUCCAGGUACAGAAUGACUCUAAGCAGGAGAAGAUCUACCAGCAAGUGGUGAAGAUGAAGGCUGAACUCUCCCGCCUGUGUCGCCCCUGCCCCUGGGACUGGACGUUCCUCCUGGGAAACUGUUACUUCGUCUCCAAGUCCCAGCGGAACUGGAACAAUGCUGUCAAGGCUUGCCAGGAAGUCGAGGCUCAGCUAGUCAUCAUCAAAAGCGAUGAAGAGCAGACCUUCCUGCAGCAGACUUCUAAGGCUAAAGGACCAACCUGGAUGGGGCUGUCAGACCUGAACAAGGAAGCCACAUGGCUCUGGGUAGAUGGCUCACCUCUGUCAUCCAGAUUCCAGAAGUAUUGGAAUAGAGGGGAGCCUAACAACGUUGGGGAAGAAGACUGUGUGGAAUUCUCUGGGGAUGGCUGGAAUGACUCCAAAUGUGAACUCCAAAAGUUCUGGAUCUGCAAGAAGCCUGCAACCCCAUGCACUGCUGGCUGA